AUGGAGAACGAUAAAAUUGCAAUCUCUACCAUUUCGUUAGGGUGGGACUCAUCACACACCCUUGAGCGCAAGAUUGCCGCCGUCAAAGCGGCAGGGUUUCAAGGCGUGGAAAUGUUCAUCACAGAUUUGGAUGCCUACGCCAAUGCCCAUGAAAUAUCUCGUACCGAAGCAGCUCGUGGUAUUCGACAAUUAUGUGAGACGCAAGGGAUUGAGAUUGUGUGUCUCGGUUCAUUUGACAAUUUUGAAGGUGAACCGACGGAUAUAGUCGACAGGCUGAAGGCGGCGAAGGAAUGGUUGGACAUGGCGAAAGAACUCAAGACCAAAAUCAUACAGAUCCCCAGCAAUGACAGUGAAAAUGCUGUUGGUGAUGAAGCCACCAUUGUCGACGAGCUCCGAGCCCUGGCAGACCUAGGUCUACAAGAACAGCCUCCUAUAUCAUUUGCCUACGAGGCUCUAGCCUGGGGUACACAUGUUGCAGACUGGGAAGAAUCACUCCGGAUCGUGCAGCUAGUGGAUAGGUCCAAUUUUGGACUAUGUCUUGAUACUUAUCACGUUCUCUCCCGGCUAUGGGCGGAUCCACGAAGUCCCUCCGGCCUCCGAGCUGGGGGCGAUGCUGCUUUGUGGGCUUCAGUUCAACGAUUUCAUAGCGAGUGUCCCAAGGAGAAAAUCAUCUACAUUCAACUGAGUGAUGCCGAGAAACUCUCAUCACCGAUUUUACCAGGUCAUCCUGCUUACAACGAAAAGAAAGACGGCCCUCAUUCUUGGUGUACCUAUGGAAGGCUGUUCCCGCUGGAGACGGAGAAGGGGGCGUACCUGCCCAUCGAAGACAUCUCACGGGCAUGGCUCAUUGACAGCGGGUGGACUGGAUGGGUGAGCAUGGAGAUCUUUCACCGUACCAUGGAGCUGGAGAGUGCAGACCCCGAGCAUUGGGCGAAAAGAGGUCGGGCUUCUUGGGAUAAGUUGAAGGAGCUUCUUGAAAAUGAAUGA